GUUUGUUGUAGAACGCUCUCCUGUGUUAUUUAACUGUCGCAGUCGCGUCCGUUAGCCUCCUCGUUUGCUCCCGCAGACCCGCCCCGGACGAGACCCUCGCCACUCCCCCACUCCCAUUUUCGGUACAAUAUCCGGCACCUUCCAGCCACCGCCGCAUUCCCUUCCUUCUCCUUCUCCCUCUCCUUCUCCUUCUCCUUCUCUCCCCUUCCUCCUCCUCCUCCGUUAUACCCUCCGUUCUCCUCUUCGCCCAUGGACUCCUCGCCCUGCGUUUCGUUCAUCGGCAUCGUGGAUUUCACAGAGAAUGCCCGCUGGGUGUUUUUGACCGAGUCCGUCAGCGACUUGUUGGGCUACGAACCACACGAACUCGUCGGCACCCCGUCCCUCGACCUCGUCCAUCCUGACGAAUUUCCCCAGGUCAAACUGCUUCACUAUGACACAAUACGACAAGACAAAGCCGCCGUCCUCGCAUAUCUGCGCAUGAAGCACAAAGACCCAUACAAGGGCUACAUACUCUGCGCAAUAUCUCGGACCGUCGCACAUAACGUUCUCGUCGGUAGCGUGUCCUUUGCCGCUAUGGGCCCGAAGGCCAUGCACAACGCCUCGACGGCCCAGGAAAUCACUAUAAUUACCCCUUCGGCUACAAACUUCGAAUUCAGACGAUGGAACGAUCCGUCACCGAUGCCCCCAAGUCCCAUCCAGGUGCCUUUGCUAGACUCCCUCACCGACCCUGGCUCCCCGGAAUCAACUACUGAAUCGACCGCAGACAGCUCCACCAGCAAAGAAACUCUGAAGGACGUCGAAGACGAUAAAGACGAGGAUGCCAAAGACAAGGGUCAAGACAAGGGCAAGAGCAAGGAGAGAGAGGUUACGCCCCAGCCGCCGGUGCCCAAACCAGAACCUAUCACCUUUGAUCCUCUGCCCAAACAGUCUAUCCGGACUGCCCUGAUCCUGGAUCGCUUCUCUCUGAGCUGUCCAAUCAUCUACUGUUCCAACGACAGCUUUCUCUCAACGACGAGAAUCAUGGGUCGCAGCUUCUUCGACUUUGUCAUCAAGAGGGACGAGGAGCUCGUUCGCAGCUGGAUCGACGCUGUAAAGGGAUGGGGAGUCAACGAGCGAGGGCAGCCGAGUGAUGGUGGGUUUGGCUUUGGAAAGUUCACGCUCUCCCUAGUGGGUAGAGACUCGAGCGAUCGACACCCCGACCCGCCACCAUCGCGACACCGCCACGGACAACACGGCGGCCCUGGCGCCAGGGACUCUGCGGCGCGAUCCCACGCUCACAGCGCCGCACCUGCGACAGCACGCUCGCGUGUGCGGACGCGUGGAUCAAACCAAGACCAGGAAAUGGCAGUUGACUCCAUCUUCUCCGCUCACUCUGACGGGCUCAUGGUCAUCCUGCGGCAUGCGGCAUAGACUCGCAGUCGACAUCGGCUCGGGUCGCAGUCCUGUUGCCCUGUCCCUGUAUUCUUGUUUUGGUUCCGUCCGUCAUCAUGUGCACUCCGUACUCGCCUGUGCUUUUUGUUUGAUGUGCGCCUUAUUAUUGGCCAUUUGCUAUCCGUACCACCGCUGAAUACCCCGUUCGAGCCGUUUGUCCAGUUACACAUAUGUAGAACCACUUCCCUGUCUAUCCCUAUCGCUAUGCGCUUGCCUUCCCUGUCUACGACUCGCCAUCCUCCUCUCUGUACAUGUAGGUUCCCCGUCGGUCCCCGUGUCGUAUGCGAACUGUGUUUUUCCUCGCAAUUGCAAUCAAUGUCAUUUAACAUGUUCCACCCCAA